AUGGUUCAGGAGCCCUAUAUUGGUCGAAUUGGUCAAAUGAAGACCUACUCGGGGACGAGAAUAGCACAAAGAGACAGAAGCCUAAGCACUGAAAAAGUGAAUAAGGCUGCUAUUGUGCUAUUCGAUGACGCCAUUGACAUCGCCCAAUGCCCCAGCCUAACUACAGAGAAUAUCGCAGUCGCUAAACUCAGGACAGGGGCAUGGGAGUUGGGAGUGGUGUCCGUCUACCUAGAGGGUGACAAACCAAUCGAUCCUUAUCUUGAAAAGAUUGGAGCGGCCGUGGUGGGCUUACAGACAAGGAACGUGAUACUCGGUGGUGACGUGAAUGCGUGGAAUACCUGGUGGGGAAGCCGGAAAACGGACCACAGGGGUAUGGAACUUGCUGCAAAGCUCGAUGAACUGGAGCUCCAUAUCCUAAAUAGAGGGACUGAUCCCACUUUUGACAUAUAUAGAGGCGGGAAGAGAUUUUCCAGCUGCGUGGAUAUAUCCACUUGCUCUACUAACCUUCUUGGGAGAACAGACAACUGGAGACUAUCCGACGAAAUAACCAGUUCGGACCACAGGGCAAUCCUAUUUGACAUAAAUUUAGGGAAAUCAAUAGGCACUAAUAUAAAAACUACUACCAGGAAAUAUAACACGAAAAAAGCAAAUUGGGGCGAGUUUCGUGAGAAACUCGUCGAAAUUUGGAAUGAUAAAGGUAUAAAUAGAGCAGAGAUAGACAAAAUAACAAACAAAGAUGAAAUAGAUAUACAAAUAGAGGAAUAUACAAAAUCAAUAACCGAAGCUUGUGAAAACAGCAUACAGAAAAUAGCAAACAAAAAGCAAAUGGGAUUGCCCUGGUGGACCCCUGAACUGACACAGCGUAAAAAGGAAGUCUCCAGGCUAAGGCGACGAAUCUCCUAUGCAGCGCCAAUCCGCCGUGGAUGGGUUGUUGAACAAUACAAGACAGCAAAAGAGGAGUACCAAGAAGCAGUGAAAAGAGCUCAGACCACCAGCUGGAAAGAGUUCUGCGGCAAACAGGAGCAAGAAACAAUGUGGGAUGGAAUAUACAGGGUAAUAAGCCGUACAACGGUGAGACGGGAUGACACUCCGCUUGUCCAAUGUGGCAGGACACUAGAAAGUGAAGAAUCUGCCAGGAUCCUGGCGGAUACCUUUUACCCGGAGGAUCGUAUUGAAGAUGACGACGCGGUACAUACGCAAAUAAGGGAAAUCGCAAAAACUGUAAACGAAGGGACAAAUGAUAACUCAUGUGAUCCACCGUUUACAGUGGAUGAGCUGAUGUGGGCCGUGUCGAACUUCAACCCGAAAAAAGCGCCAGGAGACGACGGUCUUACGGCAGAUAUUUGCGGUGUGGCUAUUGCCCUGGAUGCGGCAUUGUUCUUGGCACUAAUUAACAAAUGUUUAAGCCUCGCACAUUUCCCCAUAAAAUGGAAAAAAGCAACUGUAGUGGCGUUGCGGAAGCCUGGUAAAGAGAACUAUACACACCCUAAAUCAUACAGGCCGAUUGGGCUACUGCCUGUCCUUGGAAAAGUCUUUGAAAAGAUGGUAGUCCGCAGAAUCAAGUGGCACAUCGUACCGAAAAUAAGCCGGAAGCAGUAUGGGUUUAUGCCACAACGCAGCACGGAGGACUCCCUCUAUGAUAUGAUGCAGAUAAUAAGAACUAAACUAAAAGAGAAAAAGCUUAUCCUGCUCAUAUCAUUAGACAUAGAGGGAGCCUUCGAUAAUGCUUGGUGGCCAGCGAUGCGAUGUGAACUUGCGGAGACUGGGUGCCCGGUAAACCUGAGGCGCCUGAUAGACAGCUAUCUUAAGGAUAGGUCAGUAAGCGUCAGGUUUGCUGGGGCACAAUGGACUAAAAAUACCACAAAAGGGUGUGUACAAGGUUCGAUAGGUGGUCCAAUUUUCUGGAAUCUAUUAUUGGAUCCACUUUUAAGGGAGAUGAGCAAAAAAGGGACCCACUGCCAGGCUUUCGCGGACGAUGUGGUCCUGAUUUUUGCCGGGGAUACAACAAAACAGGUGCAGGAACAGGCUAAUGCGAAUCUCGCACAUGUCCAUAGUUGGGGUGUCAGAAAUAAGCUCAACUUUGCGCCACUUAAAACAACAGCAAUGGUCGUUACAAAUAAGCUUAAAUAUGACACACCAAUUCUGGAGAUGGGUGGGAAGAGCAUUGGCCUCUCCAAAGAAAUAAAAAUACUCGGCCUCACAAUUGACGACAAGCUUACCUUCAACACGCAUAUUAAGAAUGUAUGUUGUAAGGUACAGAACUUGUAUCGUCAGCUGUCGAGAGCCGCAAAGAUCUAUUGGGGCCUAAACCCCGAAAUUAUCAGGACCAUAUACACUGCAGUAGUUGAGCCCAUUGUAAUGUAUGCGGCUAGUGCUUGGGUAUCAGCAAUUAACAAAUGUAGUGUCAAAAAGCAACUGGACAUAAUACAACGCGGAUUUGUACAAAAAGUCAUAAAAUCGUAUAGAACAGUUUCUCUUCAUUCGGCCCUACUUCUCGCCGGGCUGCUUCCUUUGGAUCUAAGAGUCCAGGAAGCAGCCUUGCUUUAUGAGAUAAAGAAAGGUUUCUCCCGACGUAUAGUGGGCGAUCGUGACGUGGAGACAAAACUUGAAUUUUCCAAGACCACACAUCCCGCGAAUCAGAGGUGUGAACUAGCCACGGCCGAAUUAAUAACAGAGGCGACCAAGCGAGGGAUAUCCUUCGCUUUGGUUCAAGAGCCCUAUAUAGGUCGAAUUGGUCAAAUGAAGAGCUACUCGGGGACGAGAAUAGCACAAAGCGACAAAAGCCGGAACACUGAAAAAGUGGUUAAGGCAGCUAUUGUGCUAUUCAAUGACGCCAUCGACAUGACCCAAUGCCCCGGCCUAACAACAGAGAAUAUCGCAGUCGCUAAGCUGAGCACCGGGGCAUGGGACUUGGGGGUGGUGUCUGUCUACCUAGAGGGCGAUUUACCAAUCGACCCUUACUUAGAAAUGAUCGAUGCGGCCGUGGUGGGUCUACGGACAAGACACGUGAUACUCGGUGGGGACGUAAAUGCAUGGAACACCUGGUGGGGAAGCCGGAAAACAAACAACAGAGGAAUAGAGGUCGCCGCAAAGCUUGAUCAAUUAGAACUUCAUAUUCUGAACAGGGGGACUGAGCCCACUUUUGACACCUAUAGAGGUGGAAAGAGGUUCUCCAGCUGUGUGGAUUUGACUACUUGCUCGACUAGCCUACUCGGCAGGAUGGACAACUGGAGACUAUCCGACGAAAUAACCAGUUCGGACCACAGGGCAAUCCUAUUUGACAUCAAUUUAGGCAAAUCAAUAGGCACCAACAUAAAAAGAAGUACUAGGCAAUACAACACAAAAAAGGCAAAUUGGGGCGAGUUUCGUGAGAAACUCGCCCAAAUUUGGAACGAGGAAAGAAUAAAUAAAGAAGAAAUAGAUAAAAUAGCAACAACCGACGAACUAGAAAUCAAAAUAGAACAAUACACAAAUUCAGUUUCAGAAGCAUGUAAAAACAGUAUCCCAAAAUUAAAAACUAAAAAACAAAUGGGAUUGCCCUGGUGGACUCCCGAGCUAACACAGCGUAAAAAGGAGGUCUCCAGGUUAAAGCGGCGUAUUUCAUAUGCAGCGCCAGUCCGUCGCGGGUGGGUGGUCGAGCAAUACAUAAGAGCGAAAGAAGAAUACAAGCAAGAAGUAAAAAGAGCUCAGACCGCCAGCUGGAAGGACUUCUGUUGUAAGCAAGACCGAGAAACAAUGUGGGACGGUAUAUAUAGGGUUAUAAGUCGCACACUGACACGGCAAGAAGAUGUUCCACUUGUUCAGGACGGGAGGACGCUAGACGGUGAGGAAUCGGCUAGGAUACUGGCGGAAACCUUUUAUCCACACGAUAGCACUGAAGACGACGACACGGAACACACGCAAACAAGAGCUACAGCGGAAACUGUAAACGAAGGGUCACAUGAUAGUCCAUGUGACCCACCAUUUACAACAGAAGAGCUUAUGUGGGCCGUGUCUAGCUUCAGUGCAAAAAAGGCACCCGGUGACGAUGGUCUAACAGCAGACAUUUGUGAAGUGGCCGUCACCCUGGAUUUAGCAUUGUUCCUGGCACUAGUGAACAGAUGCCUCAGUCUUGCAUACUUCCCCGUCAAGUGGAAGAGGGCAGCAGUUGUAGUACUGAGAAAGCCUGGCAAAGAAAAUUACGCACACCCUAAAUCUUACAGGCCGAUUGGGCUAUUGCCUGUACUGGGGAAAAUUUAUGAAAAAAUGUUAAUCCGCAGAAUAAAGUGGCACAUCGUUCCGAAGAUAAGCCGGAACCAGUACGGAUUUAUGCCGCAGCGCAGCACGGAGGACUCCCUCUAUGACAUGAUGCAGUUUAUUAAGAGCAAACUGAAAGACAGAAAAUUGAUUCUGCUUAUAUCAUUGGACAUAGAGGGAGCCUUCGAUAAUGCGUGGUGGCCGGCGAUACGGUGUAGGCUCGCGGAGAUUGGGUGUCCGGUAAAUCUGAGGCGGGUAGUAGAUAGCUAUCUUACAGAUAGAACGGUAUGCCUCAGAUAUGCCGGGGCCGAAUAUUUAAGGAAGACCAAUAAAGGGUGUGUGCAAGGCUCGAUCGGGGGUCCAAUUUUUUGGAACAUUCUUCUGGAUCCACUCCUGAGGGAGUUGAGUGCAAAGGGGUCCCAUUGCCAGGCUUUCGCGGAUGAUGUGGUCCUGAUGUUCUCCGGGGAUACGGCACAACAGGUUCAGGAGCAGGCCAAUGAAAUUCUCGAACAUGUCCGGAAGUGGGGGGUCGGAAAUAAGCUUAAUUUUGCGCCACACAAAACCAAAGCCAUGGUUAUAACAAAUAAGCUCAAGUAUGACUCACCACUUCUGGAGAUGGGCGGGAAGGACAUUGAGGUCUCCAAAGAAAUCAAAAUACUCGGCCUCACAGUUGACGAUAAGCUUACCUUUAAUAUGCACAUUAAUAGAACAUGCUGUAAAGUCCAGAACAUAUAUCGUCAACUGUCGAGAGCUGCAAAGAUACAUUGGGGCCUGAACCCGGAGAUCAUUAGGACCAUCUAUAUUGCAGUAGUUGAGCCGAUAGUCAUGUAUGCGGCCAGUGCAUGGGCAUCAGCAACCUAUAAACACAAGGCCAACUUGCAGAGAUGUGAGUUAGCCACUGCCGAAUUGAUCACCGAGGCGACCUGGAGAAAAACAUCUUUCGCGUUGGUCCAGGAACCUUACAUCGGUCGCAUUGGAGAAAUGAAGCACUACCCAGGGACACGAAUAAUACAAUGUCACAGAGAACCCAACACUGGAAGGGUUAUCAAGGCUGCCAUUGUAUUGUUCGACGACACCAUUGACGUAACCCAGUGUCCCGACCUAACAACUGAAAAUAUCGCAGUCGCCAAGUUGAGGACAGGGACCUGGGAGAUGGCAGUGGUGUCUGUCUAUCUGGAGGGUGAUAAGCCAAUCGACCCAUACCUGGACGUGAUCAAAAAGGCAGUGGAAGCCUCAGGGACUGGAAGCGUGAUACUCGGUGGAGACGUGAACGCAUGGAACACCUGGUGGGGUAGCCGGGAGACGGACACAAGGGGAACAGACUUGGCCGCCAGACUCGACGAAUUGGAGCUUCAUAUACUCAAUAGAGGAUCGGAUCCCACCUUUGAUAUUGUCAGAGGUGGGAGAAGAUUCUCUAGUUGCGUGGACAUAACUACCUGCUCGACGAGCCUAUUAGGGAGGGUAGAAAACUGGAGGCUUUCUGAAGAAAUAACUGUUUCGGACCACAGAGCAAUCCUGUUCGAUAUAAAUCUUGAAAAAUCAAUUGGAACAGAUGUAUGUAGAACAACAAGGAAGUACAAUACAAAAAGGGCAAACUGGAGUGAGUUUCGUGAGAAACUCCUCCAGCUUUGGAACAGUAAAACACUAAACAAAAAAGAAAUAGACAAAAUAGAAUUAAGAGAAGAAUUAGAAAUAAAAAUAGAAGAGGUAACAAAAACAAUCACUGAUGUAGCAGACAAACAUAUGUCCAAAUUGAAGAACAGGAAGCGAAUAGGAUUGCCCUGGUGGACCGACGAGUUAACACAGUUUAAGAAGAAAGUCUCCAGGCUAAAACGUCGAAUAUCAUGUGCAGCACCAGUUCGUCGUGAAUGGGUUGUGGAGCAGUACCUCAGCGCUAAAGAGGAGUACCAGCUGGAAGUCAAGAGGGCCCAAACUUCCAGUUGGAAGGAGUUCUGCAGCAAGCAAGAGCGAGAGUCAAUGUGGGACGGGGUUUAUAGAGUCAUAGGCCGUACAACCAAGAGGCAUGAGGACAUUCCCUUAAUCAUAAAUGGCAUAACCAUGGGGAAUCAGGAAUCAGCUAAGGUGCUGGCAGAUACUUUUUACCCAGAAGAUGACACCAGGGGUGACAACAUUGGACACAGACAAAUGAGAGAAGCGGCGAAAGCGGUAAAUGAAGGGUCACAUGAUGAUUCAUGUGACCCACCUUUUACGAUAGAGGAGUUGAUGUGGUCUGUGUCUAGUUUUAACCCCAAAAAGGCACCAGGGAGGGACGGCCUCACGGCCGAUAUUUGUUCAAGGGCUAUUUCUCUGUACCCGGCAAUGUUUUUGGCAAUAGUCAAUAAAUGUCUCAAUCUGGCACACUUUCCUAAAAUAUGGAAAGAGGCGGUCGUAGUGGUGCUGCGAAAGCCUGGGAAAGAGAACUACACGCAUCCCAAAUCCUACAGACCUAUAGGACUGCUGCCUGUGCUCGGGAAAAUCUUCGAAAAAAUGCUAGUCCAACGAAUAAAAUGGCACAUAGUACCCACAAUCAGCCAGAGACAGUACGGGUUUAUGCCGCAGCGUAGUACCGAGGACUCCCUCUAUGACAUGAUGCAGUUACUAAAAACUAAACUCAAUGAUAAAAAACUAGUGUUAUUAAUAUCUUUGGACAUAGAGGGAGCCUUCGAUAACGCAUGGUGGCCGGCAAUCAGAUGCCGAUUGGCAGAAACUGGCUGCCCGAUCAACCUACGUCGUCUCGUGGACAGCUAUUUCGAGGAUAGAACCGUUAGCAUUAGGUACGCGGGAGCAGAAUACAUUAAAACCACUGCAAAGGGAUGCGUGCAGGGCUCGAUAGGGGGUCCUAUAUUUUGGAAUUUGUUGAUCGACCCCCUAUUACAGGAACUGAGUGGGAAAGGAGAAUAUUGCCAGGCUUUCGCGGACGACGUGGUUCUGAUUUUCUCCGGGGACAAGGCAUUUGAAGUGCAGGAUCGGGCCAACGCGGCUCUCGCGCAUGUUCAGAAGUGGGGAGUCAGAAAUAAACUCAAAUUUGCACCAAACAAGACCAAGGCAAUGGUAAUAACAAAAAAGAUUAAGUAUGACUCACCACUUCUGAAAAUGGGCGGGGAGAGCAUUGCGUUGUGCACUGAAAUGAAAAUUUUGGGGCUUACUAUAGACGCUAAGUUGACCUUCAACACACAUGUAAAAAAUGUGUGUUGCAAGGUACAGCGUCUAUACGGUCAGUUAACAAGAGCCGCCAAGAUUAGUUGGGGCCUGAACCCGGAGAUCAUUAGGACCAUCUACGUAGCGGUAACGGAGCCGAUCAUACUGUACGCGGCCAGUGUAUGGGCAUCGGCCACAUACAAACACAGUGUUAAAAAGCAGCUCGACACGGCACAACGCGGGUUCGUUCAAAAGAUUAUAAAAUCGUACAAAACCGUAUCCCUCCACUCGGCCCUACUACUCGCUGGGUUGCUUCCUUUAGACCUCAGGGUCAGGGAAGCAGCCUUACUUUAUGAAGUAAAGAAAGGAAGUGAAAUUUCAAAAGUAAGACGCAGCAUAGAUGACUGGGAAUCUAACAUUGAUUCAACCCCAUCCAUAGCUUCCACGACAAUGCAGGCAGGUACUGCUAAAGCAAAACCAACGGUAUCAGUGAUACAAAACAGUAAAGUGACACAAAAAGUGUCUGUUGAAAUACACACUCCGCCAAAGCAGCAGUAUGAAAACCGAACAAUGGAAGCAAAGGCAUGUUUAACAAAAGCCAAGCUCCAUUUGAAUGCCUCUCGGAAUACAAAAACAGAGAUUAAAAAUAGCAUUGUAGAAGCACUGGAUAGGUUAUAUCAGCUUGUUAAAGGAGCUGAAAUGGAGCUAAAGGCAAAAAAGUCAAAAGGAGAAAAGGAAAAGAGUGUACAAGUUGAACAAGCCCACUACAAAAUCAUUCAGGCAAAUCUCCAGCGCAAAAAAUUAGCAACGCAUGAACUUUUUAUUGAAGCUGAGAAACGUGGAGCUGAUAUAGCACUACUUCAAGAACCGUACGUAGGUGGUGCUAACACGAUGAAAGGACAAAGAGGCGUGAGGGUUUUCCAAAACUCUAGUCCAGGAGAAGGGACUGUUAAGGCAGCGGUAGCCGUUUUCAACAUUGGUUUUAACGUAAAACAGUACCCAAAACUCACCACAAAUAACAUCAUUGUGGUGGGAAUUCAAACUAGAGCUUGGGAAAUAACACUCGUCUCCUAUUACUUCGAGCCAGAUCAGCCCAUAGAGCCGUAUAUUGAUCACCUUAAAAAGAUAAAGCAAGAAAUUGGAAGUACAAAGUGGAUUGCUGGAGGUGACGCCAAUUCAAAAAGUACAUGGUGGGGAAGCCCGAUCGUCGACCACAGAGGAGAAGAAAUGACAGGAGCUCUCGAGGAACUGGGUCUGAACAUAAUGAAUAGAGGAGAUAUUCCGACCUUCGAUACCAUCCGGGGAGGAAAACGAUAUUCCAGCUAUGUCGACGUAACAGCAUGCUCGACGGACAUCCUGGACUUGGUAGAUGACUGGACAGUGGACGAGGGUCUCACGAGCUCGGACCACAAUGGCAUUAUUUUUAAUAUUCGGCUACAAAAAUCAAAAGGUCUACGAGUAAACAGAACUACGAGACUAUAUAAUACGAAGAAGGCAAAUUGGCCUAAGUUUCAUGAGAAACUUAACCAAUUGCUGUUAGAAAAUAAAUUCAGUAAAUCAGAAAUAGAAAAAAUUGAUACCAUAGAACAAAUAGAUAUAGCAACAGAUAAAUUAACGAAAUCAAUAACGGAAACUUGCAAGCAAACAAUGCCAACUAAAAAAGCAACAGAAGAACUUACCUUGCCGUGGUGGUCCGAGAAGCUCGCCGAGAUGAAAAAAGAAGUCACUACCAAGAAACGCAGGAUCAAAUGCGCUGCCCUAGUCCGGAGACAGAAGGUCGUAGAAGAGUACCUGGAACAAAAAGAGAGAUAUGAGUCAGAAGCGGUUAAAGCCCAGAUCGAGAGCUGGAAAGCCUUUUGCUAUAAACAGGAUAGGGAAGGGGUCUGGGAAGGUAUCUAUAGGGUAAUUGGGAGAACAACACGUAGGGAGGAGGAUGUGCCACUGGAAAUAAAUAAGGUAGUGUUGGACGCAAAAGGUUCCGUGAAGUUAUUGGCGGAAACGUUCUUCCCGGAAGACCUAACAGACAACGAAACCACUUACCAUCGCCUAAUAAGAACAAAAGCUGACAAAGUGAACUCUGCUGAGCAAGAUGACCUGUGUGAUCCUCUGUUCACAAUGACAGAAUUGAAACAGGCGUACCAAUCCUUCAACCCUAAAAAAGCCCCAGGAGCGGACGGUUUCACAGCCGAUAUAUGCCUACACGCUAUUGAAAGCAACCCUGAGCUGUUUUUGGCCUUCCUCAAUAAAUGCCUAAUGCUACGACACUUUCCAGAAACCUGGAAAAUCGCUACAGUUAUAGUGCUUAGAAAACCAGGAAAAAUAGACUAUACCAUACCAAAAGCGUAUAGGCCCAUUGGACUGCUACCUAUACUAGGAAAGAUCUUUGAGAAGCUGCUAGUGGCCCGCCUCAAAUUCCACCUUUUGCCAAGGAUGAGUACUCGCCAGUACGGGUUCAUGCCACAGAGGAGCACCGAGGACUCCCUCUAUGUACUAAUGCAGUACAUUCACAUGAAGUUAGAUCAAAAGAAAAUCAUAGCUCUAAUAUCAUUGGACAUAGAGGGAGCCUUUGAUAGCGCCUGGUGGCCAGCCAUACGUGUCCGUCUGGCUGAGGAAAAGUGUCCGCUGGAUUUGAGGAGGGUCAUGGAUAGUUAUCUCAGGAACAGGAAAGUCGUAGUCAGAUACGGUGGAGAAGAAUAUACAAAAGAUACUAACAAAGGCUGUGUCCAAGGAUCCAUAGGAGGCCCAAUCUUGUGGAAUCUUUUACUAGACCCUCUUUUGACGAGCUUGGAAUGCAGGGGAGAAUAUUGUCAGGCGUUUGCGGACGACGUCGUUUUAGUCUUCGACGGUGACACAGCACACGAGGUGGAGAGACAUGCCAAUGCCACUCUCGAACAUGUCUGGACGUGGGGGGUUGAAAACAAGCUGAAAUUUGCUCCGCAUAAGACAAAUGCGAUGAUUAUUACCAGAAAACUUAAACACGAUACACCACGCCUGAGCAUGGGAGGUAUUGACAUUGGCAUGUCAAAAGAAAUAAAGCUACUGGGUGUAACUAUUGACAAUAAACUUACUUUUAACACCCAUGUAUCGAACGUGUGUAGGAAGGCAAUCGGUAUCUACAAACAGCUAUGCAAAGCUGCAAAGGUUAGUUGGGGACUUCAUCCGGAAGUGAUAAGAGUAAUAUAUCUCGCGACUGUAGAGCCUAUUAUACUUUACGCUGCUAGCGUCUGGGCACAGGCUGCAAAAAAGCUGGGGGUUAUAAAACAACUUGCCGUAGUCCAGCGCGGUAUAGCGCAAAAAUUAUGCAAAGCCUACCGGACGGUUUCUUUGAAUUCGGCGCUAGUACUGGCUGGAAUACUCCCCCUAGACCUCCGAGUUCGUGAGGCGGCUUCAUUAUAUGAAGCCAAGAAGGGGGUACCUCAGCCAGUGUUGGCGGGAAGAGAAGUCGAGAGAAUGGCUUCAGCCGUUGAGGGCCCACACCCUGCUGAGCGCCUGGAAUUAGAAAUUAUUAGCUUGGUAAACGAGGAGCAGCUGAACAAACACAGCGAAAUAAACGUCCACAUAUUUACUGACGGGAGCAAGAUUGAGGGCAAGGUUGGCGCCGCCCUUUCCGAAUGGAAAAACAAGACCGAAAAUAAAGCCCUCAAACUUGCUCUACCAACAUACUGCACAGUUUACCAGGCCGAGCUCCUGGCCAUUUGCAGGGCGACUGGGCAAAUCCUCAAGCACAGAGCGUCCUCCUUUGGAAUUUAUAGUGACUCAAUGGCGGCCCUUCAAACGAUCAUUAACUCAAACUGCCUUCACCCGUUAGCCGUGGAAUGUAGAGAUAAUUUAAGAGCAAUAUCUCUCCAAAACAAAGUAGUAACUUUGUUUUGGAUUAAAGCCCACGCGGGCUUAGAGGGGAAUGAACGAGCAGACAGACUAGCAAAAGAGGCCGCAAAAAAUUCCAAAGUGAGACCGGAUUACGAUCUUUGCCCGGUUUCAUUCGUCAAGCGAAGCAUCCGUAUGGCAACGCUAGACGAAUGGAAUCAAAGAUACCAGACCGGUGAAACAGCAAAAAUCACGAAGCUGUUUUUCCCAGACGCGAAAUUGGCCUACCGAUUAAUAAGAAAAUUUGGAGCAAGCAGCGAGACUACCCAAGUCAUGACGGGGCAUGGUGGAUUUUCGGAAUACUUACACCGCUUUAAGUGUAAAGAGAAUCCAUCGUGCAUUUGCGACCCCGAUGCUGAAGAAACUGUGCCACACAUUUUGCUGGAGUGUCCCGCAUACGCCGCAGAGCGCCUGAAAAUAGAAAACGAAAUUGAAUUAAAAUUAAUUAAGGAGAAUAUAAGUAUCAUAAUGAUGAGUAAAUACAGAGAAAAAUUUAUGAGUUAUUGUUUGAAAAUUGCAAAAAGAGUAAUAAAUAGGAAUAAAACUGUUUAA